CCCGCCGCCGCGCCCGACGGAGCCACGAGACACGGCUCUGGGGACCGCAGCUCCCGGCAGCCCCUGCGGCAACCGGCAAGAUGGCGGCGGCGGCGGGCGCGGAGGAGCGGCCCGGGUCGCGGCGGGACAGCGGCAGUGGUGAGGACUCCCUGGACACGCUGCUGAGCCGCCUGCCGCUGACGCCCGCGCUGUCCCCGCGGAAGCGGACCAUGAGCCAGUCGAAGACGGAGCCCCCGCUGCUGCGGACCAGCAAACGGACCAUUUACACGGCGGGGCGGCCGCCCUGGUACACCGAGACGGGCACGCCCUUCAAGGAAGCCUUCGUCAUCGGCUUGUGUGGAGGGAGCGCGUCAGGCAAGACCACGGUGGCCAAUAAGAUCAUUGAGGCCCUGGAUGUGCCCUGGGUGGUGCUGCUGUCCAUGGACUGCUUCUAUAAGGUGCUGAAUAAGGAGCAGCAGGAGCUGGCUGCCCGCAACGAGUACAACUUCGACCACCCCGACGCCUUCGACUUCGACCUGCUGGUCAGCGUGCUGCGCCAGCUCAAGAAGGGCAAGAGCGUCAAGGUGCCGGUGUACGACUUCACCACGCACAGCCGCCGCAAGGAGUGGAAAACCAUCUAUGGGGCCAAUGUGGUCGUGUUCGAGGGGAUUUUAUCUUUUGCCAACAAGGAGCUGCUGAAGCUCCUGGACAUGAAGGUGUUUGUGGACACGGACUCUGACAUCCGGCUGGUGCGGCGGCUGCAGCGUGACAUCAUGGAGCGCGGGCGCGACAUCGUGGGGGUCAUCAAGCAGUACAACAAGUUCGUCAAGCCGGCCUUCGAGCAGUACAUCGAGCCCACCGUGCAGGUGGCCGACAUCGUGGUGCCCAGAGGUGGGGAGAACUUUGUGGCCCUGGAUCUCAUUGUGCAGCAUGUGCACAGCCAGCUGGAGAAGCGUGAAAUCACGGUCAGAGCGGCCCUGGCCUCUGCCCACCAAGGGCAGCCACUGCCCAAGUCGCUGAGUGUCCUCGAGAGCACGCCGCAGGUGCGUGGCAUGCACACCAUCAUCAGGAACAAGGACACAACCAGAGAUGAAUUCAUCUUCUAUUCCAAGCGCCUGAUGAGGCUGCUGAUUGAACAUGCCCUCUCCUUCCUGCCACUCAAACCAGUGACUGUGGAGACGCCUCAGGGGACCGUGUAUGAAGGGAAGCGGUUCCACAGGCAGCGGAUCACAGGUGUGUCCAUCCUGCGGGCCGGGGAGACCAUGGAGCAGGCGCUCACUGCUGUCUGCAAAGACAUUCGACUGGGCAAGAUUCUGAUCCAGACCAACCACGACACAGGGGAGCCUGAGCUUCACUAUCUGCGGCUCCCCAAGGAGAUCAGCGAAGAUUAUGUCAUCCUGAUGGACAGCACUGUGUCCACGGGGGCUGCAGCCAUGAUGGCCGUGCGCGUCCUGCUGGAUCACGAUGUUCACGAGGAGAAGAUCUUCCUGCUGUCCCUGCUGAUGGCAGAGAUGGGGGUUCACUCCGUGGCCUACGCCUUCCCCCGUGUCCGCAUCAUCACCACAGCCGUGGACAAGAGGGUCAACGAGGAAUUCCACAUCAUCCCUGGCAUCGGUAACUUUGGAGACAGGGCAGGACAGCUACUUGCCGCAGAAGCUGCUCCAAGGGGGAGCAUGGCAAGGAGGUCUCAACGUGUUUCAGCAGCCCCCCAUCUGAGCCCCUCCCCACAAUGCUGCCUCCGUGCCUGGGGCAUGGGGAGACGGCUGCCACGCCAGCGCUGGCUCAUCCAUUACUACAGUGCACAGGAAAUCAGGAGCACAGACUGGGACAAGAGGAUUUCCUUCUCCUCGGAGAGCUGGUUUCAGGGAGGUCUCCCAUUGCCAUGCACAGUGCUAGAAGCCAGGGGCUCCCUCAUGCCUUGCUGGGGCUCUGGGCCCGGGGCCCAGGAAUGGCACCAACAGCACGCGGGUGGGGCAUGCUUUUCUUGGCCCUUUACUGAGACUGGCGAGGGCAUCUGAGGCUUCUGCAAGAUCUCCUGGGCCCGCUUGACAUGCCUGGGAAGUGGCAGAUGCUCCUAGUGCUUGGUUCCUGCAAGUGGCUCUUCGCCAGCCCUGGGACCGGGCACCCACCUGCUCUGCCUCUGCAAUACUGUACAUGGCUGCCUUUGUUUUGUACACACUAAUAAAGGGUCUGCCAGGA